AGUCUGAGAUAAGCAAGUCAUUCUAGCUAGUUCAACUCAGCAGCAAGCUUCAAUACGUCGAACUUAGGAGUAACUUCCGUUAACUAUUUCUGAGGCAAUAUUUUUUUAAACUUUGAUCUGCUUGCUUAUCAGUUUAUGUGUGCAGCAUAUAUUUGUUCUCCCGGAUUCAGAAGUAGUGCCAACUGACAAUUUCAUCAUCAUCAAGUGUACUACAACCCAGACAGAGCCUUGACUUUCACUAGUGUACUACAACCCAGACAGAGCCUUGACUUUCACUAGUCAUAUAAUUAGUGCUGUGCAUAUCCACACGAACCGAGCUUUGGAAGAGGGCAUCCACCGUGAAACAAGAUGACGUCUACCGGUCCGGCAUUCGAUUCCAAUUGCAUGACUUUAACGAGAUUUGUUUUAGAUGAACAAAGGAGAGUCCCAACAGCUACUGGAGAUUUGACACAACUUUUAAAUAGCAUUCAAACAGCUGUGAAAGCUGUCAGCUCUGCCGUAAGGAAAGCAGGAAUUGCCAAACUUUAUGGCAUUGCUGGUAAACAGAAUGUACAAGGAGAGGAAGUCAAAAAGCUGGAUGUGUUAGCUAACGAGCUUUUCAUAAAUAUGUUAAGCUCAUCGUACACAACGUGUUUGCUGAUCAGCGAAGAGAAUGAAAAUGUUAUCGAGAUUGAAACCGAAAAGCAAGGGAAGUACAUCGUGUGCUUUGAUCCUCUUGACGGCUCGUCAAACAUCGACUGCCUGGUGUCGAUCGGAUCCAUAUUUGGAAUAUUUAAGAAAACAGAAGGGAAGCCGUCACUCACGGCAGAGGACACACUGCAACCGGGGCGUAAGAUGGUGGCUGCAGGCUACGCUCUGUACGGAUCUGCCACCAUGAUGGUGCUUUCCACAGGCGGAGCUGUCAACGGCUUUACCUUGGAUCCCGCAAUUGGAGAAUUUGUUCUUACUGACACUGACAUAAAAGUACCUAAACGUGGUAACAUUCUCAGUAUCAAUGAAGGAUAUUCACAUAUGUGGGAUGAAGCGAUUAAGGAGUACGUAAGCAGCAAGAAAGAUCCAAAGAAUGGAAAGCCUUAUGGCGCUCGAUAUGUAGGCUCAAUGGUAGCGGAUGUACACAGAACCCUCAAAUACGGAGGAAUCUUUAUGUACCCAGCCACUUCUGCAUCUCCCAAAGGAAAGCUUCGACUCUUAUACGAAUGCUUCCCGAUGGCCUACAUCCUGACACAAGCCGGCGGACUUGCAUCUGAUGGGACAAUUCCGAUCUUGGACGUCGUGCCUGAAAGCAUCCACCAAAGAUGUCCUAUCUUCCUUGGAUCUCAAAAUGAUGUUGAAGAUGUCUUGAAGCUUAUCAGGAAGCACAAAAAGUAAUAUUCUGGUUAUAUGACCAAACAAUGUUUUUUAAUCAAAAAGGAACUUUCACAUGACAGACUGAUAUACCGAGUGCAAAUUAUUUUUGUAUAAUUUAAGAUAAAAUUAAUUUACACAUUUUAUAGCAUUAUAAUUGUGCAAAAUUUCACUGUCCUUUUUGUUUAUAAAGAAUCUGUACCACUUAACACUGUAGCAAAUGCUACUUAGUUUCUCUUGUAAUAAAAUACACUUCUGGAGUUUUUGAA